CCAGUUUCGCUUCCCGUGUCUUGCUUGACUUUCCCUGCCUGUCUCGCAUAUUCAGUGAGCGCCUGCACGGCGGAAAGGCGCUAUAGAGGCAUGGCAGAUCGGGACCGUAAUAAGAAGGUUUUGUUGGAACUGCUGAAAAUGCCAGGAAAUGGGCGUUGCGCGGACUGCCAGACGGCAGAUCCAGAUUGGGCCUCAUACAGACUGGGGAUCUUCAUUUGUCUGAACUGCUCAGGAACCCAUAGGAAUUUGCCGGAAGUCAGCAGGGUGAAAUCCAUCCGACUAGACUUCUGGGAUGAUGAUCUUGUUGAGUACAUGAAAUGCAUAGGGAACAAUGCAGCAAAAGCCAUAUAUGAGAAAGAUGUGCCGAUCUUCUACUACCGACCAAAGAGUUCUGACUGUGUGGUUUUAAAGGAACAAUGGAUAAGAGCCAAAUAUGAGAGACGGGAGUUUACUGGAGACAAGUCACAGCCACAGAGCAUCAGCAACUAUGGUUCACAUCAGGGAUUCCUUUGGAAAAGAGGGAAAGAAAACAGCCAGUUUUUAAGACGGAAGUUUAUUCUUUCAAUGGAUGAUUAUACUUUGAAGUAUUACAACAAGGAGGAGUCCAAAGGACCCAAAGCAGUGAUCUUUGUCAAAGAUCUAAAUGCAUUAUUUCAGCCUGAAAAGAUUGGACACAAUCAUGGUCUACAGCUCACAUUUUUAAAAGAUGAACACACAAGAAAUAUUUUUGUCUACCAUGAAGAAGCAAAGGAAAUUGUGCACUGGUACAAUGCAAUCAGAGCAGUUCGCUUUUCUUAUCUGAAAACUGCAUUCCCCACUGCCACUGAUUUAGAGCUUUUGCCAUGGAUAACAAGGAACUAUUUAAAACAAGGCUACAUGGAGAAAACUGGGCCAAUGCACAGAGAACCUUUCAAAAAGCGGUGGUUUAUCCUUGAUUCUCAAGAAAGGAGACUACUGUACUUCAAGUGCCCACUGGAUGCAACAGAGAAGGGCUCUGUGUUCAUUGGCUCAAAGGAGCACGGCUACGAUGUGACAAACAGCCUUCCUAAAGGAGCCAGAGGGAACAAAUGGAAGUGUGGAAUCACAGUGGUUACACCAGACAGAAAGUUUGUUUUCACGUGUGAAAAUGAGCGAGAGCUCAGAGAGUGGAUAGAGGUACUAAAUGCAGUCAUCACUCGCCCAAUGUCACCGCAGGAUUAUACAACUGAAGCGAAUGUCAGACGCCGAAGGUGACAAGAACUUCCAGUGUGGCUGCUGAACAAAUGGUGCUUUUUCAAUUACAGUUCUGCGUGACAAUUAUACUUAUGUCUCCCUUGACCUCAUCUGAGCUCCAGUAAGACGCUGCAUUUGACUGCAGAGAACAGGUAUUUCUUUGUUGUAAAAGAGACUGGAAAUACGUUACGAAACAACAUUGGAACUGGAGAAAAGAAACAUCUGAGGAAUUUGUCGGGGAAUUCAAUGGAACACUUGGAAAAAGAGUGAAGACUCAAGGCCAUGAAAGUAAAUAAAAAAAGAAACCUGUUAGAAUAUCUUUAACACAGAAGCACUUUGACCUGACCGGUAGAUCUCACAAAGCCAUUGUGAUAACAAAAACUGAGCCACCACAUCUUGGUCAUGACGCUGUACUUUGUGCUUUACAUCUGAUUUAGUUGGGGCGUGCAGACCCUGAAAUAGGCUGCAACGUCACCAAACUAUGAAUCAUUUUGAACAAAGGAUUACAGUAAAACAGGAACUUGCUUUGCUGUCAUGAAGAAUAUGUUAUUGUGAAGCUGCAUUCCACCCCUCCCAGAUCACUUCAGAGAAAGUACAGUUGUUGGUGAAAAUGAAAAAAAAGGGUUCAUGGUUGUGUGAUAACUACAGUUGGUCAGCGGGCUUAUUGUUAGACAAACAGUUAGAGGCUAAAUUAUUUUAAAUUGUUGAAAAAGACAUAUAUACUUGUACACGUGUACACUCAGGUCAAGAAUUACCAAUGAAUCAUGAAUGACUGAAGGGACAAUAGUGACUUGCCUCCAUUAAGGAAUGAAGGUAUUGCUACAUUGCUUCUGAGACAGGUAAUUGUAUAAGUGCUUCACGGUAAAAUGUUACAUUUCAGGAAGUUCCUCAUUUGAUUAUGAAGUAGAGAAAGGGAUUGCAUUUUUAAAUGACAUUUCCUUUUCUCCUUGAUCCCUAAGAAGUUUCUAUUAGAAUAAAAUAAUGCCUUUUCAUUUUUUUUUUUUUUUUUAAACUCUGUAGGUACUUCAAGUGCCUCGGUAGACUCAAUGGUUAAUAUUAAGCGGUAGCCACAUGCAUUUAAGGCCGUCUCUUAAACACGCUCACAAGGGCCUCAGUUUAUGAAAAUGAAUUUACUAACACUAACUCAUAGGAGUACUAGACUACACUCCUCUGAAAUUCAAAAUUACUGUAAAUUUAUUUUCUACUAAUCUGAUAUGUAAGCUGUCAUGAACUUCAUUUGGAAUGAAAACCAGAAGAAACUCUUACUUAUUAAGAAUUUAAUUAUUUGUUUGUGUUUGUAGGAUUUGUAUGAACCAGAGACCCUCAUUUGCUUUUAUAAUGGUGUAAACAUUUUCUAUUCUUCAGUGUAAAUAAAUUGU